AUGUCAUCCACCAACUCGACUGCGCUGCUGGCGGACUACCUGAGCGAGUCUCGGGUUCCUCAAUCCCUCGUCGUGAUCAUUCUCUGCCCCGUCAUUGCACUCUGCUGCGUUAACCUGCGCUUGUAUACACGAGCUUUCCUGCUCAAGCGGGUUUUCUGGGAAGACUACCUCAUCGUUGCAGCCAUGAUAUCUAUUUUGCUCCACUACACCCGACUAAGCGUCAUGGCUCUCGAAAGGCGGCUUUGCCAUGUCCUUUUCGUCAUUGUAGUUUUGGGGUACUCGGCCAUGCUCAUCCUCAGCCUCACCCGCUGCAUACCAUUCCAGGCUAUCUGGAUGCCCCAGAUUCCGGGAGCCAAUUGCACCAACACUACUACGUUAUUUUUAACUGUUCAGGGUCAUAGUCUGGCUAUGGACUUCAUCAUCCUCGUAGCCCCUCUCUUCAUCCUUAGACAUUUAACCAUCCCUUGGCCGCAACGAGUGCUUCUCAUUAUUGUUGUUGGGUUUGGGGGAAUUGCCUGCAUCGCCGGAGUUUUACGGCUGCAGGUUCUCCGCCUGUCGACAACUUCACCCGACAAAACAUGGGACUCUUUCUUCAGCGCAAUUUACGGCGCCAUCGAAGUGAAUUUGGGCAUUGCCUGCGCAUGCAUCGUCACGUUAAGACCACUGUUCCGUCGAUGGCUCCCAGGCACCGACGAGCAGCCACAAGUCGAGCUGGAGCAACCACGACCGCGGCGCCAUGUCGUCACCAAGGACCAUAUCCCGACGAUGGAUAGCACUCUGGCAGCCACGACAUCCAAUGACGUGGAGCUGGCAUUGGAUAAGAACGGCAUCGCAGCGCCUUCGGUUUCCGAGCGCGAGACUAUUUGCGCGAGUUUCCCCACGCAGGACAAGGACGACAUCAGCGCGGGAUCUGCAAGUGCGUGCAGCACGUCAAGCGAAGGUCGGCAGGACUCAGAUAUUAAUGGGUCAGUUCCGAAGUGA